AUGAAAUUGCAAAUAUCGAACUCCAAAUUUUCUAAAUUUAUCGAUACAUGCAUUGCUCUUGAUCAAACUUCUCGAUUUUUAGGAGAACAUUUUAAUAGAAAUGGUGUCUCAAUUAGCCAGGACUCUGCAUUUCUCAGAGAUUGCGUAUUUAGAAAUAACAAGAACCAAUUACGUAAUGGCACGGCAAUUCAUACAACAAAACCGAUAAAAUUACUUAAUUGUUUAUUUGCCCAAAAUCAAGGAUCUUUUGGUGGCGCAAUUUUCACCACUUCAGAAAUAGAAGCCCAUUUUUGCACUUUCUUUGAUAAUUCUGCUCAAGAACAAGCUGCAGCCAUUUCAAUUCGUGCAGCAAAAGCAAUUACGAAUAUUACCGAUACUAUUUUCAACAAAAACAAAGCGAACCUUUUCGGAACAAUUUACAGAACUAGCGACCAACCUUUUGAUUUUCUACGGAAUAAUGUCACUAAAUCACAUGCUACAGCAUGCGUAGGAUCCAUGGAAACAGAAAAAGGUAAGACCAUGAUCAAAUAUGUGAUAUUUGCUGAGAACAAAGCUGAUAUUCAUAACGGAUGUUUAGUUGUUCGUGAUCCUUUAUCUAUAGAAGUAUUCAAUACCAUAUUCUACAAGAAUUCCCAUCAGAGUUCAGAGAAUGUUGUUGCUUCUUGUAUACUUAUUUACACUGUUCCUGUUAUUGGCAAGAUUUCAGAUUGUUUGUUUGCAAAGAACGAUAGAUCUAACAGUUAUACGAUAAGAGCUUACUACGGAUCGCCUUUAGCAAUCUUGAAAACCCAAAUUGAUGAAGAAAUUUCAAAAGCAGUGAAAGGAGAUCCAAAUCCAAAGGUUGUUCAUUUCACAUUCAAUUCAGACAUCGAUAUUGACUUGAAAUGGUCUGUUUCUGAACAAAAAGAAAUGUUUGGAUACCAAGAUUUUAGAAAGAUGGAUGAUUCUUCUUUAUACACGAAAGAGAACAUCAUUAAGGUAUUUCUAGCAGGAAUGAUAUUUGCUGUAACAUUUUCUUUCAUUUUGGUCAAAUUAUUUGGCUUAUUAUUCAUAGGAAGCAAAAUUGACUGA